AUGUUCGUGAACUUAACCAAGUUGCGCGUUCAACUAAGAAAAGCUGAGCAUGAAUUGGAAAUUGUACGUGUCGCUCUCGAAAAUGAAAAAGAGGAACGCCAUAGAGCUGAUACAAAACUGACGUCACUUCAACAUGCUUUAGAGCGAAGAACUAGAGAGGUUGAGGAACGUGAUCGUGAUCGAAGCCGUGCCGAUGAGCGUUGCAACGAACUUUUGGCAUUAGUAAAGGACAGCAAUGUUAAAGUGAAGGAAACGGAGCAGAGAAGUGUUUCUGACGAGAAGUGUUCCGUGCCAGAUUUGAUGUUAAAGGCAAGCUGCACACCAUAUAUUGCCGCACUAUGUUUCCAUUAA